UUUACAAACAAGAUGGCGUCAACCGCGGGAAGUUUGUCUACUGCACAGCAGCCACAGAACACCGGUUCAUGAUUUCUUUGCUAUUCAAGUUAAUAAGUUAAGCUAAACUUUCAUUGAAUUAAAAUGGCGAGUGGUGAUGAUGAUAUCACUGAAGAAUGGAGCGAUGAUGAAGUGGAAAUGACGGCAGCAGAUGUACAGCAGAAAAUAGAAGAGGCGUGGCUGAAUGAGAAGUUUGCUCCAGAUCUCUUGGAGAGUAAAUCCGAGCUGGUAGACUGCAUGCUGGAACAGAUCCAACAGAUGGAGAGCAACAUUAGCCGCUGCAAGAAGGGAGACUUCCGCAUCAGUGUUCAUAAGAUGGAGAUCGACAGGAUAAGGUACAUUUUAAACAGCUACUUGAGGAUACGAUUGGGAAAGAUUGAGAAGUAUUUUCACAAUAUUUUAAAGAAAGAAGCAGCGAGGAAGGACGAUGAACCAUCCAGGUUAUCACUAGAGGAAUUUGCCUUCGCUAAAGAAUUUGCAGAGAACACAGAAAACCAUUUCAAAUCAGUUGCCCUGAGGCACAUGCCACCUAACCUGCAAGCGCUGGAACAAGACAAAAGAGCUCCAAAGCCCAACCUAGAUGCUUACGUGUUCCUGAGAGCCAACCAGAAGCAGGAACAAGUUCUCAUCGAGCCAGAGUUGGAGGAUGACCAAAAUGCCGAGGUCAUCGACCUUGAGGAAGGUGCCCAGUACAUCAUGAGAUACCAGCCAAUCGCAUCGCUUGUAACUGACGCGGCGGUCUCAUUAAUUUGAACAUCAUGUCAUUUUACCGUUUGAUUUUUGAUUCUUCAUACAUGUAUUCCUGGAACUCUUAUUGUGCCCAAGGAUUGCUUCAAAAGUGUUGACAGGGUUGGAGUUUAUGGGUCGUCUC